AGGAGUCACGUGAUCUGAGAGUGCGGAAGUUUUGAUCCUGAAAGUCUGAGCGCCUUCGAUCAUAUAAACGUUUGUGUUUUUGACAUAUAAAUGGUCAGGAUGAUUCAGAAACGUUACCUGGAGGGACAGGUGUACUCUGUCCCGCUCAUCCAGCCGGAUCUGAGGAGAGAGGAGGCUGUGCAUCAGAUCACUGAUGCGUUACAGUACCUGGAGAUGAUAUCAACAGACAUCUUUUCUAGGGUGUCUCAGAGCGUGGAGAAGAACCGUGUACACCUUCAGUCUGUCACAGACCGGAUCAAACUGGCUCAGGCCAGAGUCCAGAAGAUCAAAGGAAGCAAGAAAGCCACAAAGGUGUUCUCCAGUGCCAAAUACCCCGCUCCAGAAAAACUGCAGGAUUAUUCGUCUAUCUUUACAGGUGCAGUAGAUCCCGCCUCCCAAAAGCGGCCUCGCUUUAAAGUUCAGAGCAAACUCCGCCCACUGGAUGAAAAGACCCCACAGGAGAAGCUGAUGUAUUUGCCAGUAUGCGUCAACACUAAGAAGCGCUCUGAGGAUGAGACAGAGGAGGGUUUGGGAAGUCUGCCGAGAAAUGUCAACUCAGUCAGCUCCUUAUUGCUGUUCAACACAACAGAGAACCUCUAUAAGAAAUAUGUGUUUCUUGACCCUCUGGCGGGCGCCGUGACUAAAACACACACCACGUUAGAGACGGAAAAGGAAGAUAAACCGUUUGAUGCGCCGCUGUCGAUCACCAAGAGAGAGCAGCUAGAGAGACAGACUGCAGAGAAUUAUUUCUAUGUGCCAGACCUGGGGCAAGUGCCUGAGAUCGACGUGCCGUCUUACCUGCCUGACUUACCUGGCAUCGCUGAUGACCUCAUGUACAGCGCUGACCUCGGCCCAGGGUUCGCACCAUCUGUUCCUGCCAGCAACAGCAUCCCUGAACUACCUUCGUUUGGCACAGAGCACGAUGAAUCUAGCGACUCUCAUUUUAGGCUUGAGGCUCCGCCCCUUCUGCCACCUCCUCCUCCACCAGAGCCAACUCACGUAUCAAUCCCGCCCCCUGGAACUCCAGCUCCGCCCCCUCCGCCUCCUCCUCCACCUAUCACAGCAGACAGCACUGAUGCCACGACAAGUCAAGUCCCUCCCACAGGUAUGGUGAAGGGCGCCCCUACUGAAGUUUUACAGCCGUCAGACGGCCGAGCCAGUUUGCUGGAGUCGAUCCGAAACGCCGGCGGUAUCGGCAAAGCCAACCUCCGCAGUAAAGAGCGGAAGAUGGAGAAGAAGAAACAGAAGGAGCAAGUUCAAGUUGGGGCAGCGGUGAGCGGUGGAGACCUGAUGUCUGACCUCUUCAAUAAAUUGGCCAUGCGCAGGAAAGGGAUUUCUGGCAAGGGCCCAGCGGGCGGAGAUUCAUCCGAAGCUCCUGCCAACUCCAAUGGCGCGUUCGCCAGGAUGUCAGAUGUGAUCCCGCCCCUUCCAGCGCCACAGCAACCCACUGCAGACGAUGAAGGUGAUUGGGAGGCGUAACCAUUGUGACUCAGAGUUGAGUGCGAAACUCAAGACUGGAGAGUUGAAAUCCUCAUAGACGGGGUCUGGAGAUAGUGUCGAGUGAGACGUCUGCUCUCUUGUUUUGUAUCCUGAAGGUCAGUGAAUUAACAAAAGUGUAAGAGGAUGUGUUCUAUAUGUCAUUAAAUCCUUUAUAGUCUGGAAGAUUAUAUUAUUAAAGUCAACGCAAAUUAGUGCAAAUUAUUUCAAAAAUUUUGAAAAUGCAAUCUUUCAAGCAAAUGUAAUAAAUAUUUUUAUAAUAUAAUAUUAUAUAUUAUAUAAUAAUACUACAAUAAUAGUAUUAUAUUGUAAAAUAAAAAAUAAAUAAGUAUAAUUUAUUUUAAAGAACAACAAAACAUUACAUUAUUAAUAAAUAAUACUAUUAUUUCUGACUGUCUUAGGUUCUUGGCUUUCAAAUGUUAAAUGAUUGAGCUUCAUCUUACUGCACACUCAGAUCAUUUAUGUAUGAUUUAUCAAAAAUAUCAAGAUGCAUCUUUGUAAUCUUCCAUCAAAAUGUUGUAGCUAAAUGACUUUCCUUUUCAUCUGAUGUCAUCUCAUUCACACGAGCAACUGGUUGAUGUUACUUUAAAUACACAUUAUGGUUAUGUUGAUUUAAUAAUGAAUUGCAUUUUUUAAUGAACAAUUUUCAGUACUCGCUGCACAUUCAAAAUAAUGUGACAAGUUGAUGGUGAAAUAACUAAUGUUCCAUUAAGGAAGAAAAGAAUGUAAAAAUUCUGUAUUUUUUUAUAUUGUGUUUUACAUGCUCUAAAACAUCUCUGCUAUUAGUAGCUUCAGUAUAGUCAAUAAACUCUAAUCUACUAUGA